UCCGCGUUAAAAUUUUUUUUCGCUGCGUGUGCGUGUGCUUUGGCAACGGCAGCUGCUGCUGUUGUUCUUUUAUUUUUUUGUUAUUUUUUCUAGUUUGUUGAGUUUGAAUGUGCAUAUGCCAUUAACAUUAAAUGCAAGCAGCUAAUACGCAAGGCAAUUCAAUUCCAAUAAGAGCACUCCUGCAUCAUUAAAUUGUGCAAAAACAGUGCAAAAGCACUAAAAACAAAUGAAAAGACAAUUUAAUCAAACAAAAACAAACAAAAUAAUUGCAUUUAAACUUGAAACAACGCAGCGCCUACGCUAGGCGGCUCAUCACCCAAAUGGCGCUGCUGCUGCCAAUGCCCAGGAAUGGCUUUGGCUUAAACUGUUACUGGUAUUCCCAGCUCACCUAAAAAAAACACUGCUAGUGAGAGAGGGAGAGAGCGAGAGCGCGCGCGCGCCCGCCCGCCCGCCAACUGAAAGAAGGCGCGAGUGCAAGCGAGCGAGAGCGUAAGUCUCUUGGCUGGGCAGCGCACAGAGAUGGGUCCGAAGAAGCGUUCCAGCGUCGCCGAGCGACAGCAGCGCUCCACAGCUGCGGCUGCUGCGGCGACGACGACGGCGACGUCUGCCACAGCGACGACGUCGGCGUCGACGUCAAAGAAGCGCAGCAGUGGCAAGCAGCAAAAGCUAACGGACGAGCCGGAGGAUAAAAGGUGUGCCAAAUCGGAGGCAACACCAACAGCAAUAAAGCGACAGCAACAGCAGGCGACGGGGUCCAGUGCAAUAGCAACAACAACACCAACAACAACAACAGCUGGAGCAGCAGCAACAUCCGCUGCAACAGCAACAACAACAUUAGCCUCAGCCACUGCCAGCACGGAGAAGUCUGGCGGAUCAAGUACGCUAAAACUGUCGCCGGAGGAGCGUCAGGAGGACGGCAAGGCGCGAGCCAUAAAUAAAAUGCUCAAGAGUCUGGACAUUAAGAUUCAUGGCUUUGACAAUCUGCUGCCCAGCGGCGAGGAGCGCAUGAGCGAGGGCCUCAAGUCCUCCAUAUCGGAGAAUGUGAAGACCAAAUCGCGCGCAGCAGCUGUCAAGGUCAUAGCCAGCCUGAAUCCUGGCAAGCCGCUAAAUGUCAAGCGCCAGCGUGUGGACAACGAGGCCAGCAAGUUGGACAGGGAGCGCGACAAGGAGAAGGAAAAGGAGAGGGAUAAGGAUAAGGAUAAGGACAAGGAAAAGUCCAAGGAGCCGGAGGCAGUAUUAAGCGAGCCAAAGGAUGCUCAUUGCGAUAGCAAAGAAUCUCCUGGUGCCAAAGGCGCCAAACAGUCCGCGGCCAAAAAGGCCAAGCUCGAGCCGCCGUCCACAUUGGCAGCCAAAGCGACAAAGGCGGCGCCCAAAAAACAACAACAACAACAACAACAAACGCAGCAACAAACGCCAAAAGACAAGGCCAGGGGCGGUGUGGCAGCACCCAAGGGUGGCAAGAAGGGCGCGCAAGCAACAGCAACAACAACAAUAACAACAACAACAGCAACAACAACAACAGAGUUGGAGCAGAGCAAAUCGAAGACACGCACCCAGCUGGACUCCAACACGGAGCUGGUGCACAUGGAUUUGGAGGAAAUCAAUAGUAUGCAAACACCGCCAACGCCGACAGCGACGCCAACGCCAACGCCGGCGCCGACGCCGACGCCCAUGGCCACACCCAUAGAGUCAACGCCCACGGGCAGCGGGAUAAUAACACCAAGCCCUGCAGCUGCAGCAGCUGCGCCCGCCAAGCAGCGGCCCAAAAACAAAUACAGCAAAACAUCAGCGGGCAAAGGCCGACUGCAGCAGGCCUGCAGUAAAACGGCGCUGAGCUCCUUGAAUGCGGCGAAUGAUAUAUACGAUUUCAAGAGCGGCUCCGAGGAUGAGGAGCCUAUCAAAAUGGUGCUGCCAACGCUGAAGGAGCUGCGCGAGUUUUCCGACGAGGAUAACAGGCCGCUCAAGCAGCUGGAGCAGAAGCUGCUGGCCAAGGACGAAAAGGCCAAACAGGAGCAAGCAGCAGCAACAGUUGCUGCUGUGGAGCCGCCGAUCAGCGCUGGCAAAGGCGGCGGCAAGAAGCAGAUCAAACGCAAGCUAAAUACGCCCACGUUGACAACAACAGCGGCAGCAGCCGCAGCAGCAGCAGCAACAACAACGACAGGUGGCACAACAGCAACAGUUGGUGCUGGCAAAAAAAAGCAAGCGGCAGCCAAAUCAAAGCUGCCAACGCCGCCGGCAGCGGCGGUCAGCGAUAGUUCGCGCUCCGAGAGCAGCGAUUCGGAGGAUGAGAAAAAGCUGAGCAGCUAUGGGGCCAAGCGGCAUCGCAUGGCCUCGCUGAAUGCGCUGGCCAAGGUGCAGUGCCUCUAUGAGAAUGAAUCCCGUACCGCCCAUGAGCUGGGCCUAUCCAAGGCGACGCAGCAGCCGCCGCGCAUACGCACGCUCGAUGGCAGCGACGAUGAUAACAACAAAAGCGAGCUGCCGCCAGACAGGGACAGGGACAGAGACCGAGAUAAGGAAAAAGACAAGGAUAAGGAGAAAGCAGAGGCAGAGAUUGUCGUGGAGCCGCGUCGUGAGCUGCGCUAUGUGCCCGGCGGACGCGGCGUGGGCAAGCAUUGGGAGUUCGAUAGCGACAGCGAGGCGGAGGAGCUGCAGCUGCAGCGUUUGCAGCAGCAAAAGAAGAAGAAGCUGCAGAAGAAAACGACCGCCAAGAAGCAAACGCCAGCGGCUGGUGAUAGUGAAUCCAAGAAGAAGAGCCAUCACAAAAAAGUCCCAGUCGAGGACAGCGAUACGGAGACGCAACAGCAUGCCCAGCAUGACGCCGAUAGCAAGGACAAGGAUCGUGACAAGGAGAAGGCAAAGGAUAUGGAUAAAGCCAAAUCCAAGCCGCCGCCCAAACAGCUGCCCAAGAAGCGCAAAAGCGCCUUCACCGAGGAGCUCAUUGGCGACUAUAAGGGCAUAUUGGCGCGCAAGCGCAUGGCCAGCCUCAAUGCCAGCGCCAUUGUGGCGGCCACCUACGAAGUGGAACGGCAUCUGGACAAGAAUUUGGCCAGCGAUUGCAGCAGCUUUGAGAGCUACGAUGAGCUGGAAACCACAAGGCCGACGGUUACGAAGGUAACCAAGGCUACGAGCGCGACCAAAGCCCAAGCCGAGCUGCACAUCAAAAAGGAGCCCAAAGAUUGCAAGGAUAAGGACACCAGAGAGUCCAAGGAGGCCAAAGAGCUAAAGGAUCUUAAGGAUGCGGCAUUAAGCAACAAGCCGCAGAGCAAUAUGAUCGAGGAGAGCAACGAUUCCAAGUACUCCAAGGAGACCAAGGAGACGAAUACGGACACUACCAUUACAACAACUGGCUAUCGUGGCGAUUCGAGCAGCGCUAAAGAUGCCAAGGACUGCAGCCGUCCAACGUCAUCCAGUGUGGUCAUUGUUCAGGACACGGAUGUCACCAUUACCGGCGUCUAUGUGAAUGCCAGCAAUGGUGCCGCCCAGGAGGCAUAUUGUAAAAUGCAGUAUCGUGUCCAGUCCAGCGUUACCGAGGAGCGCCUUCUGCGACCCGGCUCCGUGGAGCCACCCAAAUCCUAUACGCCACUCAGCGCUCUAUCCAGCAUGCUGCCACCUGGUGCUAGUUCCGGUCUCAGUGAGGCGCACAGCUCGCCGCCGCUGCCCGUGCAACCGCCGGCGCCGCACGUGCUGCUGCCGGGCGAACCGCUCAGCGCGGGCAUGUAUCAUGCGCCGGAUUUGGGCCUGCAUACAGAGCAUAUGCCGCCGGAUCAUCAUGGACCGCCGCCGCCAUCUUAUGCAGCCGCUGCGGCUGCAGCUGCCGCGGCCGCUGCCGCUUACCAUGCCCAUCAAUUGGCGCCCGCCGGCAGCGGAGUGCUGCACAUGCAUCAUCAGCAUCAGUAUGCGGCCGCCCAUGCAGCGCAUGCGGCACACGCCCAUCAUUACCAGCAGGCGGCAGAGUAUCAUGGUGGUCCGCCACCGCCGCCUCAUCAUUAUGGUGGACCGCCGCCGCAGGCCCAUUACGGUCCGCCGCCGCCGCAGGGUGGUCCGCCCACGGUGCCGCCGGAUCGUUGCGAUGUUGGCUCACCGCCGCCUUCGUAUAGGGCUAGUGCAUAUCCGCCACCCCCGCCAGUCGGGCCACCGCCAACGCUGGGUGGCGGCUCAAGCGCAUUCUGUGCGCCCAACCCCCAUCAUCAUCAUCAGCAGCAUCAGCAACAGCAGGCGGGUCUGCCGCCACCACAUCACGAUCCCAGCGGCUACUAUCAGCCGGCGGGUCCGCUGAUCUCGCCGCAUGUCAUUGGGCCACCGCCACCGCCAGCAACAACAGCAGCAGCCGCCCAGGCAGCGGCAGCAGCAGCAGCCGCAGCAGCAGCUGCAGCAGCGGCGUCCACGCCACAGCAAGUUAAGAAGCUACCCGAGGACGAAUCCCCGACGCAUCCAUCAAACAACGCCGCACAGCAGUCCCAGCAGCAACAUCAGCAGCAGCAGCAGCAGCAUCAAGUUGCUGGCAGCGUUGAGGUUGAGCCGCCAGCGUCCGUUCAGCAGCUACAGCAGCCGCAGCAGCCGCAGCAGCCGCAGCAACCGCAUCCAUAUCCUGGGGCUAGCGCUGUGGCGGCUGCUGCAGCAGCCGCUGCCGGUCAUCCGGGUGUGCCGUAUCCGCGCUCCAUGCAUGCGGCCCAAAUGCACUAUUCGACGGCAUAUCCGCCCAACUAUUAUUCACCGUAUCCGGGCGAGGUCAUGUGCUACUCGCCACCUGCGUAUCAGCCGUAUUUCUCUAGCAAGGUAUAUCAGAGCGGACCGCCGCCACCGCCGGCACAUCCGGCUGCACAUCCGCCGCCGCCGCCACCGCCGGGCGCCUAUCGACGCUAUCCGUAUUAUCAGCACGCUGGGCCGCCGCAUCCGCCGCCGCCCGAGCUUUACGAACAGCAACCGCCACCGCCGCCACCGCAAGGUGUGCCGCCGCAACAGCAGCCGGCCUCGAUUGCAGCAGCCGCCGCUGCCGCAGCCGCAGCAGCAGCUGCAGCCGCCGCAGCUGGUGCAACGCCCGGGCCAGCCGGCACACAGCUGGUACCCGCACACCAGCAACAGCAUCUGGAACAUUAUCCGGGACCGCCCAGCUACUACGCCGGCUAUAGUCCAGGAGGCGGCAGCGCCGCCGGCCAGUGCUACACACGCGGCCUGCAGGGUCCGUAUAUGGAGUAUCCGCCGCAGUGUCCGUGUCCAAUGCAACAAUCGUGUCCAAAAAACGUCCAUACUGGGCCUCAUAUUGGUAGCAACAGCAACAGCAGCAGCAACAACAACAGCAGCAGCAUCAGCAGCAACAACAGCAGCAACAACAGUUCCACGCACAAGACGAGCAGCCAUAGCCAGAGUUUGCUGCUGAGUGCUGGGAGCAACAACAGCAGCAACAUGCCUGUGCAUGGCAGCCAGUCGAGCAGCGAUGGCAGCUUGACUGCCAGCAACUGCAACAGCAGCAGCAACAGUUUAGCAGGUACAGCAACAACAGCAGCAGCAGCAACAGAGACAUCGUCAACAACAGCAACAACAACGACAACAGCGCUGACUACCAGUAGGGGCCCAGUUAAAAAUGGGAUCAAUAACAACAACAAAAGCAAAGACACGACAACAAUGACAGCAACAACACCGACGGCAACGGCAGCAACGAACACAACAUCAACAGUUGCAUCUGUUGCCACGUCGGCAACAACAACCACCAACAACAUGGGCACCCAGUGCCAAAUGCUGGUCAAAACGGAGCUCAAGAGCGACGUCGAGUGCCAAGUGACCAAAAUGCAAUACGAGGCGCAUGUAAUGCCGCCGCCAACGCCGCCCGAAAGCUACUGUGCCAGCGAUGAUAAAUUGCUGGAGGAUCAGGAGCAGGAGCACGAACACGACCAGCAACAGCAACAAUUGCAGCUGCAGCAACAGCCAAAGGACAUCGAGUCCUAUGAUUUGACGGGCAGCACACCGCCGCCGCCAGUUGUGUUGCCACGCAAGGCGCGCAUUGGCAAGAGCAUGGCCAGGGAAAUGGUAUAUGCGGCACAGCAGCAACAGCAACCGUUGCUGCAGCAACAGCACCAACUACAUCAACACCAACAACAGCACCAACAACAGCAGCAACAACUACAACUGCUGAGCAAGCAAGCAGAAGCAGAACCACAAUUGCCUUUUGUACUUAAAGCAGAAAUCAAAGCGGAGACCAAAAUCAAAAUCGAGCACGAUGAACUAGCAGCAGCAGCAGUUGCAGCUGCAUCAGCUGCUUUAACGGCAGCAACAUGCAACACACAUAUCAGCAAACUGCCGGAUCUGAAGCCCACAAUCAAAACGGAACCAGAGCUUGACUUGGAGAAGCCAAAGCCGCAGCAGGAGGAGCAGCAGCAGGAGCAGCCGCCGCAACAGGAGCAAUUGCCGCCUAAUAGCAGCAGCAGCAACAGCAGCAAUGUUGCCGCUGGCAGCAACAGCAACAAGCGCAUCAAUUUGCUUGCAUCGGCAACGCAGGGCAAAAAGUCAAAGGUGCACAGCUACAAGAGUCUCAUCAAGCAGGCGGAGCCAAAGACUUAUCUCUCCACCGGCCGCAAAUUUGUGCAGCGCUAUGGCCGAACGCCGGCCAAAUAUGUAAAGCGGCGGCAAAUGUUGUUAACGCAGCAGCAACAUCGAUUGCGCGCGCAGCGACGCGAGCAACAACGCAAACAGCAGCAGCAACAGCAGCAGCAGCAGAAACAAACGGCGUCAACUGCAGCCGCAGCAGCUGCAGAUGAGGCAGCAACAACAACAACAGCAGCAGCAGCAGCAGCAGCAGCAGCGGCGGCGGCGUCGACGGCGGCAACAUUGUCGCUGGGCAAAAGCUGCUCGCCCAGCGCAUCGCCAAAGCGUGCACGUCCACGUAAACAGGCAAUUGCAGCACUGCAUCUGCUGGAGAGCCUGGACACGACAUUGACGCGCGGCUAUUUCAGCGAUCCGGAGCUAAACAGCAGCAGCUGCAGCAACAGCCGCGGCACAGCACCAACAGUUGGCCUGUACGCGCCGGCAAUACCGUCGCCAUUGCUGGCGCCGCAGCCGGCGCUGUUGAGCGAGAAGCGCUCCAAGUCGGAGACGAAAAAACCGCUGCUCGCAGCGAACUGUGCGGCGAGCGUUGCGUUGGCGUCGCUGGCGACAACGUUGCCCACAAAUUCUACCUCAGCUGGCGUCGAGCCGCCGGCCAAAAAGCCGCGCAAGCAGCCGGCUAAGGCCAAGGCCAGGCCGAUAACGGCCAAAAGCCGAAAAGCAGCAACACCAGCAACAGCGUCAGCAUCAGCAGCAGCAGCAACAGCAACUGCAGCAGCAGCAGCUGAGGCAACAGCAUCAGCUGAUGCCGAGACCAAUAACAAUGAGUAUCAGAUGGCAGAUUUGCAGGCGCAAAAGCUAAGUGCCACGCCCACAGUGCCAGUUGCCGGUGCUGUGCAACAAUUGUUGCCAGACGAAACGGUAGCCAUCGCCGCAGCAGCAGCAGCCGCAACUCAUCCGCCGCAACAUUCCGAUGAGCAACAACACAAGUUCCUGGUGCCCCACAAGCCAAUCGAGACACCUUUACCGCCCACAGCAAUGGCAACAAAUGCAACGCCAGCGUCCACGGCGCGUCACGCCCCCACAACAACAACAACAGCAGCAACAGCAGCAACAACAACAACGCACACAAAACGGGCGCGUUCCCGCUGCAAAUUUGGCAACCGAAAGAAACAACGCCAUCGUCCUGGCGGCGUCAGCUACGAGGUGGACGAAACGCAGCCGCCGGCAACGCGGGCGAAUGUGGUGCCCAAAUGGAACAACGGCUGGAUGUGGGCGGGCAAGGCGUUCCAGGGUCCAGUGUUUCUCAAUAGCGAUGAUCCGUUGGUGCUGCGCACUUGCUAUCCGGCCAUGCGGCAUGUGGAGGGCGACAUCAUUCGCACACGCGACUGCGUCCUGCUGAAGGCCAACGAGGACAACGAGCUGCCUUAUGUGGCCAAGGUGGCGCAUCUCUGGCAGAAUCCUGAGGAUGGUGAAAUGAUGAUGUCCCUGCUAUGGUAUUAUCGCCCCGAGCACACGGACCAGGGCCGCCAGCGCAAUGACUGCCCGGACGAGGUGUACGCGUCGCGUCAUCGGGAUCACAACUCGGUGGCCUGCAUUGAGGAUAAGUGCUACGUGCUGACCUUUAGCGAAUAUUGCAGAUAUCGACGACGCCUGCGCGCGGCCGAGGAGGAUGUGGAGGAUGUGAGCAUUGUGCCGCGACGCAGCAAUACAAGCAAUUGUUUUACGGUACGCACCGUUCCGGAUCAAACGAAUCCGGAGCUGGUCAUGUUCUGCAGACGUGCCUACGAGUUUCGCACGCGUCGCCUACUCAAGCUGCCGCAGAAGAACGCGCUGGUCUGCAGCUAGCGCCGGGCCACUUAGGGUCUUGCCCUAAACGAAAAUCAAAGCAAAUUUUGGAAUACGCUGCGGAGAGGCGAGUGCGGCAUGGUGCAGUCCAAGCCAUGCCACUAACAACAGCCUGGGCAGAUGAGAACGGGCCAAGACACAACAUAUAACACACACACCCACACACACACACACACACAUACUCAAACAAAUACACACACACGACCAAAAUGGGGAGAGCAAAAUGAAUGGAAAAGAGAAAAUGUAACUGGAAAAACUACGCAGUUUAUUUUCAAGUAAUUUUUGUAUUACCCAACUUAUUAUUUAUUAUGCGCCCAACAACACACACACACACACACACACACACACACACCUUGUUAUUAAGUUAAAUGUAUUUAUUAUUCUUAAGUUUAGUCAGCAAUCUUUUUUCCGCUCCCUUACUCUAAAUGUAUAUGUUUUUUUUUUCUCUAUAUAUAUAUAAAUAUAUAUAUAUAUAUUUUUAUUUCUGACUCUACUCUCCAAAAAACUUAUUUAAUGCUCAGGCAAACACUUUGCGCACACUCUGCUCCAACUGGCAAAAUCUUUGUAAAACGACUUGGAAACAA